CUGUGUGUAAGGGCAGUGAGCUGAGACUGUGCUCUCAUGACAAGAGAGACCUAUUCACAAGUCCCUGCAAUCCCACCACAGAGCUUAGUCCUGGAUCAUGAUUAACUGAGAUUCUCUAGCAAAGUGUCCCCUUUAUCCAGACUCUGCAUUGGAUUGCAUCGCCCCCUGGUUAAAGCUGGCACAUGUAUGACUGUAACAGGUGAUUUCUACCUGUGUUCUUCUACCUGGAGGUGACAUGUUGAAAGCACUCACAGGGAGCAGUGCAGGCUACGAGAGCCUCUCUGACAGUGGGAAGAAGGUCAAUCCUGAGAAAAAUGCCCCUUUGUUCAGUAAGAUCACCUACUCUUGGUAUAGCAGGGUAAUAAGUCUUGGCUAUAAGAAACCUCUCGAAAGAGACGAUCUGUUUGAGUUAAAUGAAGAUGAUUCCUCUUACAAUAUCUAUCCUGCUUUUGAAAAUUCCUGGAGAAAAGAAAUCUUGGAACAUGACAAAAAGGGCUCUAACUAUCGGAGAGCGUCUUUACUCCGGGCGUUAUGGAAUACGUUUAAAUAUUUGAUUGUCCAGGCUGCUCUGAUGAAAGUAGUAGCUGAUAUUUUGGCCUUUGCAAGUCCUCAAAUUUUAAAACAGAUGAUUUUUUUCUGCGAGAACCGGUCAGACAAUGCGUGGAAUGGAUACAUCUUUGCUGUUGCUCUUCUUGUGGUCACUAUUUUGCAAACAUUGGUUCUGCAGGUCUACCAGCGUUUUAAUAUGCUCACGGCUGUGAAAAUUAAAACUUCGGUUGUUGGACUGAUCUAUAAAAAGUCUUUGAAUUUGGCAAAUUCUUCACGGAGGAAAUUAACAGCUGGGGAGUUGGUGAACUUGAUGUCGUCUGAUGCUCAGCAGCUCAUGGACCUAAUGGUCAACUUGAAUCUCCUGUGGUCAGCACCGUUCCAAAUUCUUAUGGCUAUCGUUUUCCUGUGGCAGGAGCUUGGUGUUGCAAUAUUAGCUGGUGUAGCCGUACUGAUUCUUAUUAUACCUCUGAAUGCAUAUAUUGCUGCUAAAGUAAAGCAGCUAAAGAAAAGUCAUCUAAAGAGUAAAGACCAGCGAAUCAAAUUAUUAAAUGAAAUCUUGCAUGGAAUAAAGAUUUUAAAGCUAUAUGCAUGGGAACCCUCUUAUCAAAAGAAGGUUGUUGACAUCCGGGAAAACGAGAUGGAUGUAUUGAAAUCCACCGGCUACUUGACUACAUUCUCCAUGUUGACAUUAACAUGCAUUCCUUUUCUGGUAUCCAUAGCAACCUUUGGUGUGUACUUUUUAUUGGAUGAUGCAAAUGUUCUGACGGCCUCCAAAGUUUUUACCACUAUUUCGCUGUUUAAUAUUUUGCGCCUCCCGCUCUUUGACUUGCCCACUGUAAUCUCCUUGGUAAUGCAGACUAAAGUUUCCCUUGAUCGAUUGGAAAACUUUUUUUGCGGAGAAGAACUUAAUCCAAAUUGCAUUGAAACUAAUUAUAAUGGAAGUCACUCUGUGGGUUUUGUUGGCGCUUCCUUGCAAUGGGAUAAGACAGGACCUUGUACUUUAAAAAAUUUAAAUAUGAAGAUUCCCGAAGGAUCAUUAGUUGCUGUGGUGGGCCAAGUAGGAUCUGGGAAAUCCUCUCUGCUUUCUGCUAUCCUUGGAGAAAUGAGCAAGUUGGAAGGAACUAUUCAGCGAAAGGGAUCUGUGGCCUAUGUUUCACAACAAGCCUGGAUACAGAACGCUGUUUUUCAAGAAAAUAUCCUAUUUGGGUUGACCUUCAAUAGACAUUUUUAUGAAGAAGUCCUGGAAGCUUGUGCUUUGCUGCCAGACCUCGAAUUAUUGCCAAAUGGUGACCAAACUGAAAUUGGAGAAAGGGGAGUGAAUCUUAGUGGGGGUCAGAAGCAGAGAGUAAGCCUGGCGAGAGCAGUUUACAAUAAUGCCGAUAUCUACCUUCUCGAUGACCCCCUGUCUGCGGUUGAUGUCCACGUUGGGAAGCAUUUAUUUGAUAAGGUCAUUGGUCACAACGGCCUGCUGAAAAAUAAGACCCGAAUUCUUGUGACCCACAGCCUAACUGUACUGCCACAUGCAGACCUCGUUGUGUUAAUGGAGGGAGGACAAAUAGUUCAAUUUGGAACAUAUGGCGAUCUGAUCUCUAAAAGGCAAAACUUUGCUGAUAUGAUUCAAGUUCUGAAUGCAGACACUGAAAAAGAAGGUCUGAAUAAAGUAGAAUCAAGUCCCUUGAAAGCCAGAAAUGUGAAGAAGAUACCACAAAGGGAUAUUUUGGCUCAAAAAGAGAGGCCAUCAUUUCAUGCUCCGAAACAGACUACAAUAGGUAAAGAAAAGGUGGCAACUGGAAAUAUGAAAAUGUCUGUUGUGAUGAAGUAUCUACAAGCUUUUGGAUGGUUCUGGGUGUUCUUUACUGUAAUUGCAUAUGUUGGCCAAAAUGCCAUGGCAAUAGGUCAAAAUGUGUGGCUCAGUCAGUGGACAAUGGAAGCCAAAUUAAUUAAAGAUGCCAAUGAAUGGACAGAACUAAGGAGCAAUAAACUUGGAAUAUAUGGCAUUUUAGGAUUUGUACAAGGUAUUUUUGUGUGCUAUGGUGCAUAUGUGAUCACAAGAGGAACAAUUUUUGCCUCCCGGUCAUUGCAUAACCAGAUGUUGGAUGAUAUUCUGCACCUUCCUCUUCAGUUCUUUGAAACAACACCAAUGGGUCAAGUGCUAAACAGAUUUACCAAGGAUGUGUACGUGAUUGAUGAGCGGUUCCAUUACUACUUGCGCACUUGGCUAAACUGUAUGCUGGAUGUUCUAGGGACGGUUUUAAUCAUCAUCUAUGCAACACCCCUUUUCACAUUGGUUAUUAUCCCACUUGCUUUCUUCUAUCUACUAAUUCAACGGUACUACAUUGCAAGCUCGCGGCAAAUCAGAAGACUCGAUGGAGCAUCUCGCUCCCCAGUAAUCUCCCACUUUGGUGAAACACUGUUGGGGGUUUCUACCAUCCGAGCUUAUGGUCAUCAGGAGAGGUUCCUGAAUCAGAACAAACAUGUGGUUAAUGAAAACCUUGUGUGCUACUAUAAUAAUGUCAUCUCAAAUAGAUGGCUUGCAGUACGAUUGGAGUUCCUGGGAAAUCUUAUGGUUUUCUUUGCUGCCCUGUUCGCUGUUCAGGCUGGUGAUAAGAUGACUUCGGGCACAGUGGGUUUAUCGAUUACAUAUGCUCUAAAUAUUACUCAGACGUUGAACUUUUGGGUUCGAAAGGCCUGUGAAAUUGAAACUAAUGGAGUUGCAAUUGAAAGAAUUUGUGAAUAUGAAGAAAUGGAAAAAGAGGCUCCCUGGGUUUUGACAAAAAGACCCUCAACGAGUUGGCCAGACCAAGGCAUUAUAGAAUUCACGAACUACCAGGCUCGGUAUCGUAAAGAUCUUGACCUUGCUUUAAGAGAUGUAACGUUUCAACUGCGCUCCACAGAGAAGGUUGGCAUUGUAGGACGAACAGGAGCCGGGAAAUCCACGUUGACAAACUGCUUGUUCAGGAUUGUGGAGCGAGCCGAAGGCAGUAUUGUUAUUGAUGGAAUUGACAUAGCAACCAUUGGACUCCACGAUCUAAGAUGUAAACUGAAUAUUAUACCACAGGAUCCAGUACUGUUUUCAGGAGCACUUCGGAUGAAUUUGGAUCCACUAGAGAAACAUUCUGACGCUGAACUGUGGGAAGCCUUGGGAAUGUGCCAUUUAAAGGACUUUGUGCAGUCUCUCCCGAAAAAGCUCUAUCAUGACAUUUCAGAAGGUGGUGAGAAUCUAAGCGUUGGACAACGGCAACUAAUCUGUCUGGCUCGUGCAUUACUCCGGAAAUCAAAAAUAUUGAUUUUAGAUGAAGCAACAGCCUCCAUUGACAUGGAGACAGAUAACUUGCUACAAACUACAAUCCGCAAGGCGUUUUUUGACUGCACUGUACUUACGAUCGCCCACAGGCUGCAUACUGUUCUCGAUUCUGAAAGGGUCCUUGUUCUGGAUGCUGGUAAAGUUGUAGAAUUUGGUGAACCACAAAAACUAAUCCAGAAGAAAGGUGUUUUCUCAAAGAUGGUGACAGAAGCCGGGAUACUUUUAGGCACAGAUCCAGCAAAUUAAAGCAUUAUUACAUAGUUUGCUAAGACGGCAAACAUUAUAUCUGAUUUGAAAGACCACAGGUGGUUACAGUAAUU